UGCACUUCCUGCAUCAUUGCAUGGACUGGGGACAUUACUGUACAUUCUACUGGACCCCACAGGAUCCCAGGGGCCCCAAUUCCUGGAAUCAUCAGAUAUAAUCAUAUCUUGACGUAAAAACUUCAGAUAUUUGCUGGUGGAAGCAUCGUCAUGUUCAAAAAUGAAUAUCAGGGGGGAGCGUUUGUUGAAAUCUUCAGUGCCCAAGGUAAAGAUCCAGUGGCAAAAUGGAAACUCUCUGGAAGCCAAUCAGCUAUAUGGAAAGACUUUGAUAAGGAAGUGAAGAGUUUUGUCUUUGUCCUUGAAGGAAGCAGCCAGACUAUCAAGAUGCAGCUGCCAAAAGAGAGCAAGCAAACGCUUGGACUGAUCCAGAGGUUUCUGAUCCUGCAGCUGUACAUCCCGCUAGGACAAGACUUUUCUGCCGAACUACUAAUAACCGAUUUGGCAAAUAUUAAAAGAAGAUUAUAUUUAUCCACUGUCCAUAAGGAAAUAUCUGCAACGCCUUUACAUGCAAAAAUACCUCUGUCCAUUGUCAAACGUAAAGUGUGGUGUAAUCUUUGCAUCGACCUUGUUGACUUCACAAGCGGAGUAUUUAAAGGCGCCGUGUUUCAGUCAUUGAAUGGAAUCAUUGUUUCAGCAAACUGUAAGCUGAGGAAAAUAUAUACAAUGAAGUUAAAACCUCAGGAGACAGAACAAGAUAUAUAUGGAUCUACGUUGGCCAGCAGUGAACCCACCGAUACACUUCCCCGAAGCUGCCAAAUUACAACAGAUGUGGAUCAGGUCACACAGGUGCUGGAUCUCAUAAGGUUACGUCCCAUUGAAUCACGGGACAAUGCGAGGUUCGGGAUCUCAGUGGAUGGAGAGUACCUCACCAGCAGAGGGCAGUGUAGCUCUCGUGACAUAAGAAAAGCAGAACAAUCUCAUAUUGCUUUUGGGUCCAAGGUUUCUGGUCCUCCACCAGCCACCAUGAGAAAAAACAGUGCCAGGUCACCUGCAGAGUCAACAAGAUCUACAAGCAGAUAUGAAAAAUCCUUAUCACAGCUGUCCCCGGAGAAAGGAAUUGGAACAGAUGCAGGAGUCUUAUCACCAAAACUGACUCUGAUUUCAGAUCAAAAGAACAAAGAAAAUAUACAACAGGCCAGAAGAAAAGACAUACAACAAGAUUACCUGCCACACCCACCCCAGGAACCACCAACAGAGAGGAGCAGAAGACUAAGGAGUGCAGGAAGGAAGGAGCAAACAAGACCGGCUCUUAACAGCUCUUCUAUGGGACACAGCGGAAAUGAAGAUAAGCUCUCUGUUAAGAUCCAUAUGCCUUCCUGCGAGAACAGAGAGCAGACGCUGAGUAUCGCCAGAGCCAACAUUGCAGAUGAGUGGGUAUUUCCUGACGCUUCCCAAGAUGAAGAAUCCAUACUGUCUAAUACCCAACAUCAAACAAACAUCAGUCUCAGCUGUCACCCGCUGGCAGAUAGCAGCCAAAAUGACACCAGCUAUCCUGCAGAUGGGGCCCCUGAGGACCCACAUGAAGUAUCCCCCACUUCCUCAAAGAUUUGUACAACAUCUCAUGGGAAACUUCAGGCCUUUCAGAUUUCCAGAGACGUCAUCUCUCCAGAUCUCCUGGAACAUGACAAACGAGGAGCGCAAAUGGAGGACGAUUUCUAUAGAAGUGACAGCAGCAAUGAGGAGGGAGACAUCUUCAAGUGGACCUCCAGCCCUAAAACAGAUCAAAGAUUGACAGAUCUUCAUGAGUCUCCUAGCCCAGUAGAGGUUCAUAGAAGAAGUUCCGAAGGUCCAUCUCUCCUUCAUUCUUUCAUCAAGGGUUCCACUUCAAAUACCUCCUCUACAGAUGCCAAAAUCGGAGACUUCAGCAGUCAAAGACAACUGAUACCAAUCCGUAGCUUGUCCCCCAGUGGAAGUAGAAAUGAAUCCUCUAUGGAAAAUUCAGUUCUUUCGAAAAUUCAACAAUUUGUAUCAGAUAACAAGCUAAGAACUUCAAUGAGCAAGAAAUCCCUGAAGGAAAUCCCAAAGGAAAAUAGGAGGAUGACAGAUGAAGCAUCAUGUUACGACUGGAGAAACUACCAAAUGAACCGACUCAGCGCUUCAGAGAUGCAGAUGCUGGCCAGUCUGAAGAGGCAGCAAAAUGAAGAGCUGGAGGAGGAGGGGAUGUCACAUGGCUUAAGCCAAUCGCAAAUAGACCAUUGUAAUGUCAGCAUGAGCACCAGCAGUGAUGAUACAGCCACAUGGAAUUCCUGUCUGCCUCCGCCUGUCAAUCAGGGAUCUCACUAUCAAACAGAGAUGAAUCCUCUGGCUCAAUCCAACCCUCGGGACUGGAUAAAAGCAUUUAGUCCUCCCAUCAUUCCAACAAGCCAGAAUUUGGAUCCUUUACUCAAACUUAAACAAUUAAGUCUAAGCAGCUGUAAUGAAGGGGAUGAUGGAAUUUGCGCUGACGAAGAAGAGGAGAUACUGACCUUGUUGUAUGAUCCGUGUCUGAACUGUUAUUUCGACCCAGAAACUGGAAAAUAUUACGAAUUAGCUUAAUAUGUUUAUAUUGUAAACGAAAAAAAGAGGCUAAUGUGCCUUCAAGAUUGCUUAUAAGCUGGCUAAAUUCUGUUUUCCGGCAGCAAUUGUUAACAUAUUUAUCCACCCCAAUCCCAUCCUUUAAGGGAAAACUGAGUUCUGGAAGCUCAUCCCUAAAAAAGUGAGGUAGGGGACCAGUCAGUAUUAUUGCCUGUGGUCUCCCCCGAGUUGAUCUUUUCCAUAGUACUGAUUUACCAGGCCUUCUUCUGCAGCGUGUCUCUGUGUGAAGCAGACAUCUUGAUAUAGGCAGGGCUUGGCUUCUUCUCUUCUCCAGCAAGGAGAACAGGAAGCAGCCCAGAAGUAACAUCACCCAAUCUCACUCCCAAUCUCUUUAAACUAAGGGGUCUAUAUAUAUAAAAUAUGAAACAUUUGUGGAAUCUGGAGGAAAUGUCACUGUCUGUUUUCUAAUAGGUAUAUUCCUGUAUGAUCAACUCCAUCUAGUGGACAAAAUGUGUCAUUUUUUUUCUCGUUGAGGUAUUUCAGAAUACUAUACUGCCUUUUGACCACUAGAUGGAGCCAAUGAUAUAGGAAUGAAUCUAUUAGAAAAUAUACGGUGACAUUUUGUUCAGCUUGCACAAAUGUUUUUGUUUUAUAAAUAGAUCCCUAAAUGUCAGAAGCAGCAUUAAAGCCGGGGUUCACCCUAAAAACAAAUUUCUAACAUUAGAGCCAGCAUACUAAGGACAUUUACUGUAUGCAGG